AUGCCCUCGCAGAGAGUUAAAUACGCUCUUGCUCAUUUAUCGCGUGAGGAACAUACCACGCAAUUAGCCCGUCCAAAUUGGAGAAGGCUUCGCAAAAUCGAUACAAAUGUCCUGGCGAGCCCUUUUACAGUUCGGCGCGCAGCUCUAAGGAGCCGCGCCUCCAAGCGCAUCCGGAUUAUGGCGCAACCGAAAUUCGUAACUAAGAAAUAUGAUCCCGCCGUGGCGCCGCUCCCUUACCCGCGUAUUCAUCCCAAGACACUUGUGGCGAAAAGCAGCAGACGUAUCGUCGAUCUGGCGUUACCCAAAAGAAGAGUUCUACUGGAGACGAUGAAAUUGGCAGCUACCAAAAACAUGAAGGCAACCGUGAGCGAUCUGCUGGUGAAGGUUCGAAAGUCGCGGUACCAGCGGUAUCGCGUAUUCUGCAACGCGCGUCAAGAACGAGAAGCAAGGAAAAAGAGGAGACGAAUGGCCAAACUGCGCAAGGCUCUCACAAAACCGGAAGACUGGCAAAGGCACAUGCGGGUUCUAGAAAGACUGGCCGCGCCUAAAGUCGCCGUAAGGCCCAAAAAGAAGAAGCCCAAAAAGAAAAAGAGAAGACCGAUCGACAUGGAGCGUACGUACUUUUUGGCCCUACCGAUUGCUCGAAUACCGCCGAAAAUGAAGGAUCCGUCGAAGGUGUCAGCGCGCGCGCUCACUUAUCGGAUCACCAAGCGAGUAGAGAGACUCGCGGUCGAAAAAAAACGACCGGAGAUCCAAUUGCGAAUACCAGGCGCCGUUGCAUCGGCCGCGAUGAAAGCCAUCGCUUCCGAGAGAAUAAUCGCUUUGGCGAAACCCGUUCAGCGUCCUGCGGGCGUGCAGACGGACUUACGCGAGGAUGCCUUCGUUGUCUCACCGGCGGCGUUAACGGCGAGGUGUUCCAGACGCCUCAAGAAUCUUUCCAAACCUAAGAAGUACCCUAAACCCAUCUUCAAGAGAUUGAAAACCGCGCUUAAACGAUGA